GUUGCGAUGGUCACUAAGGCAGCUUGGGGAGGAAAGGGUUUAUUUUCAUCUUACACUUCCACAUUGCAGGUCAUCGUUAUAAAACAAAAGGCAGCCAUAGCUCUAUGCAUUUGCCAAAUACAUGAAUGGAGAGACCAGGGAGGCAGAUCACAGCAGAGACGAAGUCCCUGCUACAGGUUUAAAACGCUCUGUGAUCCUGUCCUUUCAAAACAACACAACUACCUUUCAGUCAAUCAAAUAACUUUGACUUUAAGUAAUCAACUUUACUUUGACUAAAAGAAAAUUCUGUUAGUCUUUCUCUGAGUGAGUGGCGCAGACAGAUGUGGACAGUUUCCAGAUCCUUUCCUCCAGAUGAACUUUGGCCUGAGAAAGACAUCUACCAGCUACAGAAAACUUAACGAGGAAAUGGGCCGAGUCAGCCAGCAGCAGCGGAGCUACAGCCAAUCGAAGGCAGCCUUUCGGAACUGGUUCCCAGGCCCCAGCUAGUAGCACCCUUGAUACCGAGCUCCAGCUGCUGUGGCUCGGGAGAGGCUUGGGACGGACGGGUUGCCCGCACCGUCUUCCUCAACCUGGGGUGCCAUGUUGCUGCCAGCAUUCCUGGGGCUUAUGGGAAUAUAUUUUGUUUGGAAACAAUACAGGACAAGAAACAGACAGAGAAAUGGCAAGGCUGCUCCUAUGGAAUGGAGAUUGGCACGGUCAUAUAGAGUUGACGUGACUCUGGAUCUGAACACAGCCCACCCCCACCUUGUGCUGAGAAAGGAUUUAAAAUCAGUUCACCUGGAAGACUCACGUCAACCGUUACCUGAUAGACCAGAGAGAUUUGACACCUGGCCCUGCGUGUUAGGGCGUGAGACCUUCACUUCAGGAAGACAUUACUGGGAGGUGGAGGUGGGAGGUAGGACUGACUGGCUGGUAGGGGUAUGUAAGGAGAACGUUUUGAAAAAAGAGUUUAUCCUCAUGUCUCCCAAGAGUGGCUUCUGGGUCAUGGAGUUGUCUCAAGAGGAGUACUGGGCUCUCAAUCCAUCUCGGGUCCUUCUUUCCCUGCCGAAAGCCCCUCGCCGUAUAGGUAUUUUCUUAGACUAUGAGUCAGGAAUUGUCUCCUUCUAUAAUGUGAAUGCUGGAAUCCAUAUGUAUACUUUCCCCAAAGCUUCUUUCUCUGACCCUAUUCGUCCUUUAUUCUGCUUAUGGUCUUGUGGUAAGUCUCCUAUGACCCUCUGUUAAAUGGUAAUGAACACUGAUCCCCAAGCCCUUUAGGGAAUGAGUCUGUUGUCAUAGAAGAGUCAUUGUGCCAAGAUGGAGGACAUACCCUUUCUGAACAGAUGAUAGCACGGUCCAUCCACAGAACCUCUUAGGCACCAUCUUGCUUCAUCCCAUUGUGUUUUGCUAUUCAUCCUUUCCUGUUCCCUUUUUCCGCAGCUAGAGCUGUCACUUGUCCUCUGAAACCUUCGUGACUUUGGACAGGGUCAGGUUUAAGAAAAUUGGGGAAGGGGGAGUGGAUUGGCAGAUUGUGUGGGAGACUUUGUAAUGAUCUUACACCAACUGCAUUUCAGGAGGUUGGGAAUACAGUCUGAGGACACACAAUGAAAGAUGAGUUAGGGUAGAGUGUGGCAAAAAGCAGCUUGGUGUCCAGACAAAAAGAGAAAGGGCAGAACGAUUGCAGGGAAUGCUAAGGGGCAGGAAUACAAAACGUGAAGUGAAAACAGACCAGGAGUGAAUCAGAAAGCACCUGGGAAUUCUGCAGAUGAAACUGCUUGUCUCUAACAGGGUAACCAAAUUUCAGUUCUCCUUUAGUUUCUGUUGGACAGGCUAAAGGGAUGUUGAGAAAUGCUGGAAAAGGAAGGGUCUCCAGCAUAGGAGCGACAGAAAGAUUCCAGAUAGCACUCCAGCUGUCUGCAUCUUCCAUCUGUCCCUGACCAGCCCCUGUGUGGUCAGCCUCACAUCAGCAGCUCUAAAAAGUGUCCCUGUCUUGUCUUCCCAACUUUGGAGACGUUAUUUGAUGAUCCUCAGCUUCUUGUUUCUCAGGUACCGUGAGCUUCCCCCCGCCCCCCCCCCAAAAAAAAAACACACACACCCUUAUCUCCACACUAACUAGUGUCCUCCAUGCCCCACACCCGGCCACUCUUUCUAGUGGAGCAUCUCUUCUGCUUACAGGUGUCUGUAUCAUGAAAAUACACUCUUGCUUUUGGCUAAUCCUGGGAGGAAUGUCAGUUUCCCUUUACUCCGUUUCUCCCUAUGUCCCUGUUCAUGCCAUGAAGGGAGAGACAUUUAAGUAUGUGACACACCAAAAGCUGAGCCCAGCCUCGGAAAAAGACAGUGGUGUACCUGAUGUCUUUUUCCCUCCAUCGACACACUCUAAUGAUCAAAAGACACCUGGGACGGUGACUCACAGCUGUAACUUGGCACAUCACAUUUGUGCAAGGAUUGCAAGGGUUUUGUUGCUGUUGUUUGGUUUUCUUGUUGUUGGGUUUUAUUUUGUUGUUUGGUUGGUUUGGGUUUUUGUUUUGUUUUGUUUUUUUUCAAGAGAGGGUUUCUCUGUAUCACCAUGGCUGUCCUAAAUCUCAAGUUGUAGACCAGAUUGGCCUCAAACUCACAGAGAUCCACCUGUUCUACUCCCGAGAGCUGGGAUUAAAAGAGCUUGUGAACUUGCCUGGCUGGAUUUCAAGUUCCUACCUUCCUGUUGCAGUGCCAUCACUCAGCCCUUAUCCUGUUGGUGUGCAGCAGCUAGUUUGCGCUGACAGGAGCGUUACUCCAGUGUUUCAGAUAUGUAAUGUCCCCCAAGUCUCCUGAGCUGAAGGCUGUGUCUCCAGGCUCUGGGAUACUGGAACCUGAAAGUGUAAGAUCCAGUUGCCGUGAGUAGGUCAUAGGCAACACUGAAGGAAUUCAAAGCCCCUAACUUCUCACUGCUUCCUGGCACCCUGAGCAAACAGUGUAGUCUGCUGUGGAGAAGUUUGACGUGAUUAAGGUAAUUUAAUCUUGUCCCGACUCAAGUUUAUGUCUCCCUAGACAAUGUUUAGCCCUCAACACCCCCAACAUUGUUUGCUCAUUUGGGAUUUCCAUGCCCCUGGCCAUGGUUGAGAUGUAUUAACCAAGAUAAUCAUGUUAUACAAACUAAACAUUGGGCUUAAAAAACUGAAUAUUGUAUAAAUCAAACCAUCAUGUUGUAUUUGAAAUAACCAGUGUGUAGAACCAAAACAAAUGUUGCCCUCAGCUAACAUUGAUGUGAAUGUGGGUUUUUGGUUUUUGUAACACUACCUCUGAGCUUCAGCACCAAGAGUGUUUCUGAGGUGUUAGCCUUCCACAAAUAAAGAAUUCAAUUUGGCCUUA